AUGCAGAUGGAAGAAAAAGAAAAAAUCCAGAACUCGCAAGCAGGGAAAGGGAUGAAGCACCAGACAGAGGAAUAUGGUUCGCGGCCGCGGCUGUCGCUGCAGGCGCUGCCGGCCACCGUGAGCGUGCGCGAGGGCGACCGCCUGCGACUGGUGUGCCGCGCGCCCGCCAGGCGGCAGCACCAGCGGCCCCGCCAGCGCCAGCGCCAGCGCCAGCGGCCCGGCUACGGCCGGCGGCCCCGCCGGACGUCGGCGUCGGCGCCCUCCUCCCCCUCCUUCUCCUCCUCCUCCUCCUCCGGCGCAGUCAGCUUCUCCUGGUACCGCGACAGGGCGCGCCUGCUGCCGGCGCCGGCGCACUCGCGCGGCAAGGGCGCGCCGACCCACCUCAAGAUCCGCAAUAAAGCGUGGAGGUCGGUGGUGCUGAUCAGCAAGGUGACGCUCCAGGAUGCGGGCCGCUACGAGUGCCGAGCGGUCGUGCCCGGCACCUGCUCCGCAGCCAGCACUUCCACUGUGGUUACCGUCAACAGGAUACCACCGUUCUAUGGAGAACCUUGCCCUGUCGAAUACUGCAUGAAUGGCGGGACAUGCAUCUUGAUUAAGGCUGUAGGAGAGCUAGCUUGCCAAUGCGCAGAAGGGUUCCAAGGCUUCCGCUGCCAGAACAAAGACCUCACGUCAAAUGGGAAACUGAAGAGGUGUGGCCGCGGUGGGAGUGGCGGGAGCGAUGCGAAGGAAGAUGGCGACGGCAGGAGGCGAGCGAGGGGCGGCAGUUGCGUGAUCGGUGGUGGCAGCAGGUGGCACCGGGUGGACGACAGUUCCGCUGCUUUCCAGGCUGGGAAACUGCCUCAUCAGAAGAGCUCAGAAACAGAAGAGUGAGGGACAGAGCAUAGGAGCUGCAGUAGAUCGUCUCACUGUCCAAAAAUCAACCUGCCUCCUGCCUGCUCGCCUUAGCAGAGAACGCUUUUACAUGCCUCCAUGAGCUCAAAUUGCAGUGACAAUGGUUGCCACUGUGCAGACAUGAUUGUAAUGCAAGCCACAUAGGUGACAGCUGGAAACUUCUGAUUAGACUGUGACUUUUGUGUCAAAUAAACUGUGUGUAACCAGAGAGAGUCCGCAAGUUCUGGGAUGCAUUCGUGCCAGAUCCUCUUGUAUUAAAAGAAAUUCAUACCAAAGACUUAAUUAUAACUAUUUAUAUGUAGGGAAAGAGAUGAAUAACGUUAAAUAUUUCACUUUUCCCCUCUUUAUUGCCAUUAUUGCGUAAAAAUAUGUGGACAGCUAUCUUUAAAUUAGUGUCUUUACAAAACCUGUUUUCCGUAGAUGUCUUCGUCACAUUGAGUGAGAUAUGGAGAAGUGACUGAUAGGAUGCUAAGUGUAAUGGAGAUACCAAAUAUUUAAUAGAGAACUUUUGCAUUAUGUGUACAAUGAAUGUUGUGAUCUGUGUCUGCUGUUCUUCAAAGAUGUGAUGCUGUUAGUUACAACUGCAGGUACUUCAAUUUUAUGUAACUAAAAGUUCUGAAAAAAUAGUGUUGCUAAUAUGUGUUGUUGUCAGCAAUGUGCAGAGUCUUAGAUAAGCAGUGUACUAUGUUGAGUUCUUCAUAUUCAAGAACCUGAUUUAUAAGUACUGAUGCUAAAGAGGUAGAAGUUGGAACCCACACCAUCAGUUGUCUGUCAAAGGCAUGUUUAGCACUACUUGCCACAUACAUGCUUAUUUGAAUGGUCGUUUCAGCUUGAUGCUGUGUGUUUUAAAACUGAACUGUAGUUACUGUUAUGCUCGUGUCUCAAUGUAAUGUUAUAAGAAAAAAAUUAACUUAUUGUAGUCAAACAAUGGCAGCUUAUAUAGCUGUACUAUUGAAAAAAAACUUUUUAAAAAAGGUUACAGCAGCCCCAUUGAAACAAUGCUUUCUGAUGCAAAGGUUUGCUGACUGUUUCUGAAAUGAAGACUCAGAACAGUCAUUGAAAAUGCCGCAGACGCAACAGGUUAGGCAAAGUGGUUCCAAAGGAUCUUCAGUUAUUAUAACAUAUAACUAAUAGGGGGAGUGUCUUUAGUUACUACAUCAUCUGUAAAGUUAUUUUUACAGUACUUCACAGUCUAUUGAGUAACCUUAUACAGAGAUUGUAAGUUAAUUAAAUGCAGAUAUUCAAAAUACCAGACAUAAGAAUCUUACCAUCAAAUAUAUUGCUGACUGUUACAUAACAUCAAUUUGUAUGCCAACUGACUAUUUUUCAGAAUGAAAUCAUUCUUAAAUUAUUCAUCUGUUGUUUGUCUGCUGCAGCUGAAAAUAGAAUUCAACAAGCUAUAAAAGAAUAGUUAUAAAAUUUGUAUCCAGUUUGUCAAAAUAGUACAACUAAGACUAUACUGUCAUGAAGACAGCAGUUCUGUUUUGAAAAGAUCUGAUAAAGUCAUUUUAUAUAGAAAUAAUUUUAAUAUAAAGAAAUUAAAGCAUGUUUAAAUGCCAACCUGCCAGAUCGCAAUUUUAUAUUAUUAUUUGUGCCUAUGUUACAUGAAGGAAUAACAGUGAUGAACAUACGUGUAAUUCACAGCAGCAACAAAAUCAAGGGCAAGUAAAUUAGCUCUCUCAUUUUAAAUAUACCAUGUGAUAAUGUGAACACUCGUUCACAGACUCAUUCCUACUAAAAUUAUAUUAUGCUUGCUUCCUAUGUAAAUUUGCAAGAGAUCUACCAGAAGAUAGUAUGUAGUCAGUGUCUGACAGGAGCUAAAUUACACAUUCAAUUAUCCUCAUAAAUGAUUAAAGAUAAUUUCUGUUGGUCAGAAACAAAUCUGGUAUUUCUCUCUAAUCAUAACAGACAAUAGUACCUCAAUUAUAAUUAAAAAGCACCAACUAGAUAAUUUAAAGUUGUGUUAAAUUAUUGUAAUUACUCUGUAAAUAUCAUUAACCUUGAAAAAAGUAUGUAUAUAAAUGUAUAUGUCUAUAUUGUGCAUAAGAUCGAUGUACAUUUUGUGUUCUUUAAUACAACAGCUUUGGAAAGCAGUUGCUUAGAUUUUGCAUAUAUUUAAUUUUAAAAUUAUUGACCAAGUUUGCUUUAUUUGUAUUGAAUCAAUACAGCCACUUUGACAUGAAUGUGUAACUAAAAAUACUCAGCACAAUGUUUAGACUGAAACAGCAUAGUUAGUUUUCAAAAGGCAUAAUUUCCUUUGAUAUAGAGGCAGUGAACUUUGCAUCUUGUCCAAGGAUUGAUGCAGCUCAUCAAUAUCAUUUCUGUUCUCUGUAGAUGUAUUUAGCUGCCAUUAUUAAUUUGAGUUCAUAUGAUACAGUUAUGAUUCUUUAAGAAAUUAUUACCUUACAUAUGGUGCAGCCUUUACAGUAAUUUCAAAAUACUUGAUCCUACUGGUACGUGGUUGAGUUUGCUACCUCAAGAGAGCUCAUGUUUCUCUGCAUUGCCUAAUUCUACAAAGAAAGAUAAUAAAUUGUGACAAUAAUAUCUAGAUAUAUAUAAAUAUAUGUCAGUAAUAGCCUCAAGUAAUGCAUUUCUGAUAAAGAGUAUUGUUUGGCCAUCUUUUGGUCUUUCACUGUUUCACAAAUACAAUAGUUUGAAUAUUUGACAGGACAUUGUAUUGCAUUAGAAUUGAUGUGAAUUACAAAAUGAGUACAGAAAUUUCUAGGAAACAACCAAUGCAAGCAGUAUGGUGGUCAUUUCAACAGUGCAGAUAUUCUCUCAGUAGUUGCUUUAAAUGUUUAAGGUUGUAAUAUUGUUCUAGAAAUUUAGUAAUUUUUAUGUUACCUAUGUAUAUCAGUAUUAUAGUAUAUUAAAUCAAUCUUCAAUCAGUUAUUAAUAACAGCUUCAAAAAUUACUAGUUCAGAUUUCCUCCAAUCAAAAUGAUCACCCUACAUGCAUCAGUAACAUAAAAAAGAAUUGUUUAAAAUUCCAUAUUAUAGGAUUUAUCUUUUAUUCAUAUGUUUUGUGACUGUUUUAUACAAAAUGAGUACAUUAUCAUUCUUGAAAACCAGCAGUAUUUAAAAAAAACUUAUUUUCUCUUUUUUAUUUUUGAUUAAAAUGUAAAUAGUUAUAUCUUUUCUUAAUUCAAUCAAUAAAU